AUAUUUAGUAGCGUGACGAAUUGCUGUUCUCAGGGAAAAUGGCGAAGGAGCAAAAAGCUGAAAGUGGAAGAAGCAAAAAAGGGGAAACUGCUCCGGCAACGGCGAAAGCUAACGGUAAACGUAAGAUUAAGAAAAAUGCUGAAGGAGAUGUACAGGUGGAAGUUCCGAUCGUUCAGUCUUCAAGUUCCAAUUCUCAUAACCACGAGAGGAAUGGAGUGAAAUCAGAAUCAUUCGUAGAAGAACAAGUGGAAGUGUCUGGAAAAGUGGAUGUCGUUGAUGAUUCUGUAGAGGCGGAGGAGGCGAUGAAGAGCACUGAGGCUUCGAAGGAGGAGAAGAAGAAGGAGAAAGCGAAGGAGGAGGAAGUGAAAGAAGAUACACAUCAGAAGAAGAAGAAGAAGGUGAAAGAGGAGAUUGAUGAGAAAGACAGUAGCUCAUUGUAUCAGAUUCCGAUGAAUCGUGUGAGUCGUAUCAUUAAGGUCGAAGAUCCUAACGUUCGUAUCACUCAGGAGGCCGUUUUCAUCAUCAACAAAGCAUCGGAAAAGUUUCUUCAGCUAUUCACUACAGAAGCAUAUGCUAGUGCUUUUCUUGAUCGCAAGAAGCAUAUUGGUUACAAACACCUUUCAUCAGUUGUUGGCAAGCGUAGGAGAUUUGAUUUUCUUUCAGAUUUUGUUCCUGAGAAGGUGAAAGCUGAGGAUGCAUUAAAAGAAACACCAGCAGUGGAGACUUGAAAUCCUUAUUGUGAAGUGAAGAUGUAAUCCAAGUAGCAUUUUUGUGACAUUUGAUGAGGAUUCUCAUUUUGUAAUAUUAAUGUGCAUUUUGAUUUUGUUUGAAUUGAAUUAUUGAUUUGAUUUUGUGUAAUACAAGAAUGGUGUCUUGAACUUGCA